CUCCCCUGUCAGGCCUUCAUGGGAGCGCGCCUCCCUGUCGACCGCGCGCAGACACGCUUUACUCUUAACAGGCACGAAAUUCCACAGAGGAAGUUCGAGAUUGUGUGAGGGGCGAGAAAUCAGGAAGCAAUCCCGGCGAGUUGCCUCAACGUGGAUGAGAAAAGCCUGAGCGGAAACGGCUGGACGUCGGGAGCAUGGACUAGCGUCGCCCCGGGACGGUCCGUAGAUGGAGGCGGUGAGAAGUUUGCUCUUGUUCGGGGCCGUGCUGCUCCGAGGGUCGGGCUCGCUGGCCAGGGAAGUGUGCCUCGGCACGGACAUGAAGCUGGCCCUGCCCUCCAGCUUGGAAAACCACUUUGAGACCUUGAGGCUUCUUUACAGCGGCUGCCAGGUCGUCCACGGCAACCUGGAGAUCACGCACCUUCACGGGAAGCCGGACCUCUCCUUCCUACAGGGCAUUGUGGAGGUGCAAGGCUACGUGCUGGUGGCUCACGUCUCCGUGAGUUUAGUGCCUCUGGACAACCUGCGGAUUAUCCGAGGCAGCCAGCUGUACAAUUCCAGCUAUGCCCUGGUGGUGCAGGACAACGCUCGGGACGCCCACGCUGGACUGCGGACACUUCGUCUUCGGAGCCUAACAGAGAUCCUUUUGGGCGGGGUCUAUAUUUGGGGAAACCCGCAGCUUUGCUUCCCGGAUCCGCAGAACAUUGUGUGGAGGGACACCUUGGAUGAGCAGAACGUCCACGCCGGGCCGCACAGACUGCAGCCCCGAGCGUCCAACUGUCCCAGUUGCUCCGCGGCGUGCCGGAACAGCUGUUGGGGAGAAACCGCACAGGAUUGCCAAACCCUGACGCGCAUCAGCUGCGCGUCAGGCUGCCAGCGCUGCAAAGGCCCCCUGCCCAACGACUGCUGUCACAUGCAGUGCGCCGCCGGAUGCACGGGACCCAAAGACUCCGACUGUCUGGCGUGCCGCCACUUCAACGACAGCGGCGUGUGUAAGGACAACUGCCCGCCGCCGACCAUCUACGACCCGGUCACCUUUCAGACCAAGCCCAACCCGGACAAAAAGUUCAACUUCGGGGCCACCUGCGUCAAGACGUGUCCAUAUAAUUACCUGGCUAUGGACGUGGCCUGCACGCUCAUUUGCCCCAAAGCCAACCAGGAGGUGAUCAUCUCCAAUCCCGAUGGCGACGAGACGCAGAAAUGUGAAAAGUGUGAAGGGGAAUGUCCAAAAGUGUGUUAUGGCCUGGGGAUGGACAACCUUGGCGUCAUGGACAACCACGCCGUCGCCAUGGUAACCUCUUCUAACGUGGAACAAUUCAGUGCUUGUAAGAAGAUUUUUGGGAGUUUGGCCUUCCUCCCUCAGAGCUUCAUUGUGGACCCCGCGAGCAACACAUCCGGCCUGACUCUCCAGCAACUGAGGGCCUUCAAGAACCUGGAGGAGAUUACAGGUUAUUUGUACAUCGACGCCUGGCCGGAAGACUGGAGCGACCUGUCGGUGUUUGAGAACCUGCGGGUGAUCCGAGGCAGGAUGCUCUACAAGGGAGUGUUUUCCUUGGCCGUUCAGAACCUGGGCAUCCGUUCCCUGGGCCUGCGUUCGCUGCGCAGCAUCAGCGGCGGUCUGAUCCUGUUGCACAACAACUCGCAGCUGUGCUACACGGAUUCGUUGCCCUGGGGCGGCCUCCUCCAUCCCACCCAAGGGCCCCACUACAUCGUCAACCGCAACCGAGAGCCCCGAGUCUGCGAGGCGCAGGGGCACGUUUGUCACCCGCUGUGCGAGGGCGGCUGUUGGGGGCCGGGGCCCGGCCAGUGCGUGUCCUGCAAGACUUUCCGGCGCGGCACCGAGUGCGUUGAGCGGUGUGACCUCCACCACGGCCCCGUACGUGAAUACGCCGAUGGAUUCUUGUGCGCGGCCUGUCACGCGCAGUGUCGCCCCCUCAACGGCUCCGUCACCUGCCACGGCCCGGGCGCCGAGCAGUGCGUUGAGUGCCAGAACUUCCAGGACGGCGAGUCGUGCGUGGAGCACUGCCCCAGCGGCGUCAAGGAGGACCAGCAGACGGUGUGGAAGUACAGCAACGCCAGCGGACACUGUCUGCCCUGCAACACCAACUGCACCCUGUCCUGCACUCAGAUGGAUGACAGAGGCUGUCCGAUCCAUCCCAAGACAGGACCGGGCACGACCAUCGCGGCCGCCGUGGGUGGCGUGGUGCUCUUCUUCAUCCUCUUCGCUCUGCUGGUGUUCUACCUGAGGAGACAAAAGAAGCUGAAAAAGAAGGAGACCUUGAGGAGGAUCCUGCAGGAACACGAGCUGGUGGAACCCCUGACGCCCAGCGGGGCCUCGCCCAACCAGGCUCAGAUGCGCAUCCUGAAGGAAACCGAGUUGAAAAAGCUGCGGGUGCUCGGCGCCGGGGCUUUCGGGACCGUUUACAAGGGCGUGUGGACUCCCGACGGAGAAAACGUGAAGAUACCGGUGGCCAUCAAGGUUUUACGGGAGAACACCUCGCCGAAAGCCAACAAAGAGAUCCUCGACGAAGCCUACGUGAUGGCGGGGGUGGCCAGUCCUUACGUGUGUCGCCUGCUGGGCAUUUGUUUGACCUCCACGGUGCAGCUGGUCACUCAGCUCAUGCCGUACGGUUGCCUCCUGGACUACGUCCGUGAGAACAAGGAUUGCAUCGGCUCCCAGUUCCUCCUCAACUGGUGUGUCCAGAUCGCCAAGGGGAUGAACUACCUGGAGGAGGUGCGCCUGGUCCACAGAGAUUUGGCGGCCCGCAACGUCCUGGUGAAAAACCCCAACCACGUCAAGAUCACAGACUUCGGUUUGGCGCGCUUGCUCGAUAUCGACGAGACGGAAUAUCACGCCGAUGGCGGGAAGGUUCCGAUUAAAUGGAUGGCGCUGGAGUCCAUCCUCCACAGGAAGUUCACGCAUCAAAGCGACGUGUGGAGCUACGGAGUGACGGUGUGGGAGCUGAUGACGUUCGGCGCCAAACCCUACGACAUGAUCCCGGCCAGAGACAUCCCCGACGUGCUGGAAGGCGGCGAGCGCCUGCCGCAGCCCCUCAUUUGCACCAUCGACGUCUACAUGAUCAUGGUCAAAUGUUGGAUGAUCGACCCGGACAGCCGCCCGAAAUUUAAAGAUCUGGUGAAUGAUUUUUCCACCAUGGCCAGGGACCCGCCUCGCUAUGUCGUCAUUCAGAACGACGAGCAGAUGAGCAUGUCCAGCCCGGUGGACAGCCAGUUCUUCCGCAUGCUCCUGGAGGAGGACGGCAACAAUAUGAGGGAGCUGCUGGAUGCCGAGAAGUAUCUGGUGCCUCAAGCCAACCUCUAUCCCAGGGCUCAGGGGGACGGGGCCGAGUCCGACGGGCCGUGCAGGAGCAGAGAGCGGGGCCUGGACGCCGACCCCCCCGUGGCCCCUCGCAGCUCGUACUCCUCCCUGAGCGCCCUGGGCCGCGGCCACUACCCCGGCCUAGCAACAGGAGCCGGCGCCUCCAACGGCGCCUGGACCCCCCACUACCCGACGCCGGCCCGCAGCCCCUCCGCCGGCGGCCGGUCCGACUCGGUCUUCCUGGACUCGGUCUUCGCGGAGGCGGCCCCGGACGACGCCGCGCUGCCCCCGGCCAGCCCCGGGCGCUACUGCGAGGACCCCACCUACGGGAGUCAGGGCGAGCUGGAGGCGGACGGGCCUGACGGCUUCCUUCAUCCUCCUCCUCAUCUUCAUCACUCGCUGCCCAGGAGAAGUCACGUCUAUCAGCACAACCACGUCUUGCCAGAGUACGUCAAUCAGGACGUCCACGAGGCCAGGCCGCAGCGACCCAACACCCUCCCUCGGAAAAUCUCCAAAGUGGACAGGCGUCUCGCAAACGGCUUGACGUCGGGCCACAGCGUGGAGAACGCCAGGUACUUGGUCCCCUCCACCUCGCCCGCCUUUGACAACCCUUACUACCUGGACCUGGUGGCCAAAGCCAGAGCCGUCGCCGGGGCCACGGCGGCGCCGGACGGCCCCGCGGAACCGCAGCGGGACAUUCCCGGACAAAUCAACGGCUUCGUCACCCCCACGGCGGAGAAUCCGGAAUACCUUGGACUGGCGGACACCUGGAGCGGGUACGCAUGAAACCGGGGCGGAGGCUUGUGACGGAAGUCGGUGACAAUAUUUAUGGCGCCAAGAUUGCGCGAGCCGGCGUGGAAGCAAAUUAUAAGGUCAUGAAGCAGCGUGACUCAUCACAUUCAUCCGGUGUUCCCGGGGACGUUUAUGUUCCUCUGAGCUGUCCGACCUUUCUUGGAAAACAAGUUUACUCAGCUGUGAAUAAUUCACCGUCCAACAACAACUGAGGACUUUUUCAUCCAAUCUCACUCGGCUGGACAAUUGAAUGACUUCUUUUUUUUUUUUGGUUUCUAUAUCAAAUCGAGCCUGACAUGGCAAGAUUGUGUCAGACUCUCCUGCGAUUUUUCCUUUUGGCAAUUGGCAAUACCGCAUUUGCGCAACGUAGCAAUUUUCAGUUUUUGAAGCCUGAAAGUACACAAAAUGUGGGCGUGGGGGAGGGCUUCUUCUUCAUCAUGAAAACGGUUGACUUUAAAGCCGCCGCGCACUGAGGACGACGAUUAGCAUUCCGCUAACCGUAUUCAAAAUGCUGGCGGCGUUUUUUUUUUUUUUUUUUUUUUUUUUUUCCAUGCGCUCAAAGAGAUUUUGUGGCGCUCAGAGGGGUCCCUGUGCUGCCCAUCUGGCCGGGCUUGGCGCUCUCCCGAAAGAAAGAGGCGCUGUUUGUUGAAGACGGAGGCCUUGUGCCACACUAGCGUGUGUCUGCAGCUUCUUUGUCAUACUAGCAACGACCUUA